AUGGCUAAGAAAAAUAAGAGUAGCUCGAAAAAUUCGACUCCCGUGAAUGAUAUACCAGUCGCUACUGGGAAGAAGAAGACAAAAGGAAAAAAGGCGCAAGAACCAGAACCAGAAGAUGAUAAAAAAACCAAGCAGCAAGCUAAUAGGGCAAAAGUGACAUCAACGGCAAGCUGGACAGGUAAAUUGCCUCACACGAUAUUACACGAGACAUGUCAAAAGCGAAAAUGGAAUAGGGUAGAGUACGAUAUGAAGAAAAUUGGUGACAAAGGCUUUAUUGCUAUUGCCGUUUUGUCGUUUACCGACCCAAAGACGAAAGAAACUUUGGUUGCAAGAAUGAACGACCCAACCUAUGAUAAGGCUGCUGGAAAAGGCCUUGUCAUUCCUCAAGAAACUCCAGUUGAAGCGAGACAUAUGGCCUCCACUAUAGCAUUAUAUCGUAUCGCAUAUAAUACAAACCUGCAUAUGAUGCUCCCACCAAAUCAUAAGAAAACAUGGUAUGACCUUGACGAUUUCCGUAAGGGAAAUUUGAAGGGCGACGAAAAGCGUAUAAACAAACUGUUUGAUCUGGAUCCCUUCAGGACAAUGGUGGAAGAUAGAAAGCUCAAACAACAGCGUGAGAAGGAACAUAUGGCACAGAAUAAUCAAGCACAGAAAGAGCACGUAACGCGGACUAUCUUGUCUAGCCAUAGCGAGGCUCCUUCCUCCAAGAAAAAUUUGAAAGACAGCAAAUCAAAGUCGCAUAGAGAUUCACACAAGCCUUCAUUAGUAAGGUUUCCAAAAAAAGUUUGGGAAGGCGCAAUAUUUGUUGAUCUCGAUGAGUCUUCUAGACAGUUGAUAGAAACAUCAUUGAAAGUCAAAAUAGAUUGGCUAAGUAAAAAAAUUACCCAUACCAAUGAAGUGCCCACUGAAGAUAGAGAACAGCUCAAGGAAAAGCUGGUUUCUUUACAGUUUAGGCCAAAGCACAUAGAAGAAGCUAUGUCAUACAAAGAUCCCUUAUCUUUCUUAUUAUUCAAUUUACCUGAGGAUGACUUGCCGGGAUUUUUUCAUAAGAAGAAAGGGGAUACAAAGAAUAAAGUCGAGAUCUCAACUUUACCCCUGUCUACUCGAAUGAUUGUUGAGCGCUUGACAGAAAUUGGCGUAUCAUCAGAUGAAGCAUUGCUAGCUUUACAAGAAAAUGACAUGGACGAAAAUGAGGCAGCCGGUUUCUUGACAAUGGAAUACUUGCCAUCUCUGAAAAUUAAUUCAAACGUGUCUGUAGGGGAAGCUGAAUCUAUUGAAUGUUGGAAUCAAGAACUGGAGACUCUAGAAAGUAUUUACGAAGGUUGCGUGAAGGACAUUAAAGAGAAUUCUCAUUACACGUUAAAUUUAAUUGAAAAAUCCAAAAUCAAACUGAAAAUCUACAGGACUAAAAAUUAUCCGGCUUCUUUGCCGGGAAUUAUAGUGUCAACCUUCGAUAUAAAUUACAAAUUACCUGACUAUAUCAAGAAGCAAACACUGACUAAACUAUUGCAUUAUCUCCAAGAGGCUAAUUUAUUAGGCGAUAUGUUAAUAUAUCAUAUAUUUGAAUGGCUGAAAGACAAUAUUGCUGCAAUUAUUGAUAAUCCUGGUCCGUUAAUUUCAGAAUCUGACUUAAAGGGUGCAAUUAGCAACAGAAGCAUACCUAAAGAUAAGGCAAACACAAAUAAUACUAUGGGCUCAAAGAGAUUUGCAAAGAAUAACAUAUCUGACGUUAUGUUAAGUGCUCUAAAGGAAGAAUAUACCAAAAGAAUUAGAAGCCCUGAAUACAAAAAUAUGCAGUUAGUUAGAGAACAAUUGCCUGCUUGGAAGAAACAAAAAGUGAUUGUCGACCUCAUCAAUAAUAACGAAGUUGUACUGAUCACUGGUGAAACAGGUUCAGGUAAAUCCACUCAGGUCGUUCAGUUUGUUCUGGAUUUUUUGCAAAGUCAGAAAGAAGAUUUUAGUAAAACAAAAAUUGUAUGUACGCAGCCUAGAAGGAUAUCCGCCAUUGGGCUUGCUGAACGUGUUUCCGAUGAACGUUGCGUGACUUGUGGUGACGAGAUCGGUUAUGUGAUAAGAGGUGUCAACAAAACUAAGGCAUCUACAAGAAUCAAGUUCAUGACUACAGGUGUUCUUGUUAGACUUUUACAGAAUGCUAGAACUAUGUUAGAGAAUACCAUUGUUGUUAUUGAUGAAGUUCAUGAACGUUCCAUUGAUACAGAUUUGAUAGUGACACUAAUGAAAAACCUUUUGACUAAAGUUCGUGGUAUGAGGAUUGUCCUAAUGAGUGCCACUGUUAAUGUUGACUUGUUCAAGAAAUUUUUUCCCGGAUUAGCAACAUGUCACAUAGAAGGACGUACUUUUCCUAUCACAGAUUAUUUCUUAGAAGAUAUUUUGGAUGCUUUAGAUUUCAAAAUUAAAAGGGAAAAAGCUUUAUCUUAUGAUGAUGGCGAUGAUGAUGAAAGAAAUGAUAAUGACCAGUACCUAAGGCCAAGGGCCGACUCUAAGUUUUUUACAUCAGGGCAAAUAAACUACGAUCUACUUCUACAAGUUGUUAAACACGUGGAUAAACGUUUAAAGGAUACUGACAGCAAUGGAUCUGUUAUUGUUUUCUUACCUGGUGUAGGUGAGAUUAACAAGUGCUGUAAGUUGCUAUCUGAUAAAACCAAUGAAGCAAAUUUUGUAAUAUUGCCCUUGCAUUCCGCUUUAACCCCUGAGGAUCAAAAGAGAGUGUUCAGGAAGUAUCACGGAAAGAGAAAGGUUGUUGUCUCUACGAACAUUGCCGAAACUUCUAUUACUAUAGAUGACUGUGUUGCCACUAUUGACACAGGUCGUGCCAAGUCAAUGUUCUAUAACCCAAAGGAUAAUACUACAAAACUAGUUGAAUCAUUUAUUUCAAAAGCUGAAGUUAAACAACGUAGAGGUCGUGCUGGUAGAGUUCGUGCUGGUUUGUCGUACAAACUAUUUUCUAAGAGUUUGUAUGAAAAUGACAUGAUUCCAAUGCCAAUUCCAGAGAUCAAGAGAAUUCCAUUAGAGUCCCUUUACUUAUCCGUUAAAGCCAUGGGUAUAAAAAACGUCAAAGUGUUUUUGAGCACAGCACUUGAUGCACCACCUUUGCUAGCCUUGCAGAAGGCUGAAAGAAUGUUAACUACUGUGGGGUUAGUUGACGAGUUCGAUAACUCGCUUACACAGUUAGGUCAAUUCAUCAGCUUGAUGCCCGUUAUGGAUAGUAAGCAUGGUAAGUUACUGAUUUAUGGGAUUCUAUUUGGAUGCACAGAUAUUUGUGUUUUACUUGUUUCGAUACUUGGCAUUGGUGCUUUGCCUUUUAUCGGAGGUUUUGAAAACAGAGACAAAAUAAAGAACCUGCUAUCCAAAUAUGAAAAUCGUGGGGACUUAUUUGCGGUGUUGGAAAUUGUCAGAAAUUAUUUGAAGAUUAAAGACCCAACCAUUAAAAGAAAGUACUUGAAGGAUCAUUUACUUUCAUAUAACAAAAUGAAUGAGAUCAAAUCAUCGAUAGCUCAGUAUUAUUCUAUUUUAAAAGAUGUAGGAUUUCUACCAAUGAAUUACAGAGCAAAUUUAUCCCCCGAUCUGAAUAGAAAUGAGAAAAACUCUGAUAUCCUCAGAGCUAUUCUCACUGGUGCGUUUUAUCCACACGUGGCCAGGGUACAAUUGCCAGAUGUGAAAUAUUUGUCAACAAGCUCUGGUGCUAUCGAAAAAGAUCCAGAAGCCAAAAUGAUUAAAUACUGGAUUAGAAGUGAAGAAUAUCAGGAUAAGUUAGAAGAGUUUAAAACAAAUGACUCGCAAGAAACUCAAAAGAAGGUCGAUUUGGAAAAUUUACCCCUGCCUGCAACUAGAGCAUUCAUUCAUCCAAGUUCUGUUUUAUUUUCAACCAACUCAGUGAAUUUGGAAGACGCUAAACUGCUUUCUGAAGUAGAAGGUCCAAUUUCCAAGCAGUCAAAGAUACCCACAGUUGCAAGAUAUCCAUUCGUCUUGUUUACCACAUCCCAAGUCACUAAUAAACUGUAUUUAAGAGAUUUGACCCCAACCACUACGUUAUCAUUAUUGUUAUUUGGAGGAGCGAUCUCUUAUGAUGUGGGCGGAAGUAUUCAUUCACCAGGGAUUGUUGUUGACAAUUGGCUCCCAAUCAGAACCUGGUGCAAAAACGCAGUGUUGAUUAAGGAAUUAAGAACACAACUUGAUGAAGCUAUAAGAAAGAAACUAGAGAGCCCCGAUUAUGCUAAAAAAUCACAAUCUGAGAAUUCUGAUGCUGAUGAAACGCUAAAAAUUGUCGAGAAAAUAUUAACUUCCGAGCAAUGA